AUGUUUGAGGGGGGCUUCUGGGGCCUCGCCAUUUUCCUCUUAACCCUCUUGUGGUGUUUUGUCCAUUACUAUUAUCUGCCGAUUCCGGAGCGGCGUCCGCAAACUCCCCCCAAGAAGCAAAAGAACAUCGUCUCUUUAAACCUGAAAGGCACUCUCUUAAACCCGAGUGACCUGAAAGUGCGCGCCUCUGAAGUUGAGGCUUUCUUGAAGCUAUGCGAGACCUUCGCCGUCUACACAGUAACCCAGGUCGCCGAUGACGCAGAAGAAGGUGCCAUCAGGGAGGCGCUUAACGAAUGUGGCGCCUUGGACAGAGGGCUUAAGGAGCACCGCAUCAUGUUCUGCGACACAAGCCCAGGGGCGGUGGCCAUGGUCCGUCAGCUGCAGCCUCAUCUGCACAUUGAGA